AUGAACGAUGAAGAGGAAACCUUUAAAAUUCUAGGUACGCAAGAUGAAGACACCUUUCCUGAUUGGGGUGAUCUCAAUCAUCGCUUUACAUCACUCAGAAUUGCCGACGAAUCUAUACCGAAGAGGUCCGAGAAAGAUUUUGAUGUUGACUUUACCGAUUUUCAGACAUCUACUCUAGCUGAGGCCCGUAAUCAAAUGUUUAAAGCUCUUGACCAUUUAAGAGGCCAUCAUGAGAAACAAAAGAUGGUGGGCGUUUGGAUGAAGAAAAAGGGCAUGACUUUAGUUCCACAUGCCAAAGGGAACUUUUUCAGAGACAUGGGUGAGCUGCACAAUUUUGUAGAAAAGCCUAAAAUCCAAGGCUGUUGGCUUCUGUCUAUUGAAACGCUUUAUCUUAUGGAAAGAGGCUCCUUGAUUCUUUACCUUUCGAACGAGAGCGGAUCAAAGUUCCAAGAAGCAGAUUCGAGCACGCAAAAUUACAGAAAAACGCCUGACCUUGGCACCAAAGACGCUCAAAAAUCUUGA